UUCAAGCUAUCCAAAAAGUUGGUCUCUCUCCCAUUCCCCACAUUUCCUUAGCCCUAACGCAACUCCGAACUCUCGGGCGCUUCGAACCGCCAAUUAUUCCCUUGGAUUUCAUGGAUUUCUGUUCCGUUUUGUGAUUUUAUCGCUUCGUCGUUGAAGAAUCCGAUCGAUCUUUGCUAUUUUCAUAUACCGUUGGGGAGUUCCGGGAUCUUGAUUGCUGCUUGACGAAUGGUGCUGUUUUGAGAAUCCGAUCUCUUGCCGCUGCUGUUUUCUUUGUUGGUCGAUUUGUGAAGAUAAGAUUUCUGAUUCUGUUGGAUUUUUUUUAAUCUGAUCGGGCUGAAGAUUCUCGGUGCUUGCUUUCGGUGUGGGCUUAAGGUUUUUGUUGAUCUUCCUUGAGUUAUUUGUUUCUCGGCGGACUCUUCGAUAAAGAGGACAACUACUAUUUCUCCUGCGAUCUACGGAACUCCCUUGAAAUCAAGAGGAGGUUCUUAUCGUCCUCGGAGUUUUGACGGAAUCCAUUGAGAAUUAUUGUACUUUUGUCGGACGAGAAUUAGCGGGAAUUUCAGCGAACGAAGUUCGUAGAAGCCCUCUUUUCGGCAGUUCGAUUUGUUCCAUCCCGGCUUUAUUGAAGGGAAAAGUGUUUGAUAUUUUGUAUUGUUUCAUUUGUUCGAGUUAAAUAUAAGGGCCUUUUUUUCUGAAGGCCAUCGAACCUUUUAUUUUCCUCCCAUCCUCCCCUUACAUUCCUUUCCUGUUUCUUUUGCUUUUAUAUAUUAUUUUUGAAAAAAAAGAAAAGAAGUACUAUGGCGGUGUAUUAUAAAUUUAAGAGUGCAAGAGAUUAUGAUUCAAUUGCUAUGGACGGUCCUUUCAUCUCCGUUGGUACUUUGAAAGAAAAUUUGUUUGAAUCAAAGCAGUUGGGAAGGGGCACUGAUUUUGACCUUGUGGUCUCCAACGCCCAGACUAAUGAAGAAUAUCUUGAUGAAGCAAUGUUGAUCCCAAAGAAUACUUCAGUUUUAAUUCGUCGUGUUCCUGGAAGACCUCGUUUACCCAUUGUUACAAAACAAGAGCCAAAAGUGGAAGGUGAAAUUGAAGAGACCGAACAAUACAAUUCAACCGUUCCAGUUUCAGAUUCGUCAGCUGCCCUGAGAUUUACCGAAGAUUCUGAGUGGGAUGAGUUUGGUAACGAUCUGUAUGCAAUUCCUGAAGUGCUUCCAGUUCAGCCAAGUAAUCCUAUUCCAGAUGCACCUCCUACAAAUAGAGCUGAAGAGGACAGCAAAAUUAAGGCUUUAAUUGAUACCCCAGCCUUAGAUUGGCAACAUCAAGGUUCUGAUGGGUUUGGACCCGGUAGGGGUUUUGGUAGAGGCGCUGGUGGAAGGAUGGGAGGACGUGGUUUUGGAUUUGAAAGGAAAACACCUCCACAGGGAUACGUGUGUCACAGAUGCAAAGUUCCUGGGCAUUUUAUUCAACAUUGCCCCACAAAUGGGGAUCCGACUUAUGACAUAAAAAGAGUGAAGCCUCCCACUGGGAUUCCGAAGUCUAUGCUGAUGGCUACUCCUGAUGGCUCAUAUGCAUUGCCAAGUGGUGCUGUAGCUGUCUUGAGGCCGAAUGAGGCUGCUUUUGAGAAGGAAAUUGAAGGACUACCUUCGACACGAUCAGUUGGUGAUUUUCCCCCUGAGCUUCACUGUCCUCUGUGCAAGGAGGUUAUGAAAGAUGCUGUCUUAACAAGCAAGUGUUGCUUUAUGAGCUUUUGUGAUAAAUGUAUUAGGGACCAUAUUAUCUCUAAGUCAGCAUGCGCUUGUGGAGCGACCAACAUUCUUGCAGAUGAUCUCUUGCCAAAUAAGACACUCAGGGAUACAAUCAAUCGCAUUCUGGAGUCUGGUAAUAGUAGUGCUGAUAAUGCUGGUAGUACCUUUCAGGUGCAAGAUAUGGAAUCUGCUCGCAUUGCACAGCCAAAGGUUCCUUCCCCUACCGUAUCUGCUGCUUCUAAGGGAGAAAGAAAUAUACAGUCAGUCAACGAAGAGACUACAAUGACCAAGCAGGUAAAUGAGGAAAAGGCUAUUACUUCUGGACCCCAGAGCUUAGAGAAGGCGAAGGCCACAAAAGCAGUUGACGAAUCUGAAGCUACACAUGAGUCGAUGAGUGUGAGGGAACAAGCUUCACAAGGAAGCGCUUUAAUAGUUGAUGAAGAAGUACAGCAGAAGAUGGCUGCUAGUGAGGCAGUCAAGAAAAAGAAGAAGAAGAAAGUUCGCAUGCCUGCAAAUGACGUACAAUGGAAAACUUCUCAAGAUCUUGCAAUGGAGAACUAUAUGAUGCCCAUGGGUGGCCCAACGCCAUAUAAUAACCCAUAUUGGAUGGGCGCACAACCUGGUUUUGACGGAUACAUGUCUUCAUAUGCUGCUCCAAUGCCGUACAUGGGUGGUUAUGGGUUAGGUCCCUUGGACAUGCCAUUUGGACCUGUCAUGCCUCAGGAUCCAUUUGCUAUGCAAAAUUACAUGUUUCCUGUUGCUCCGCCUCAGAGGGAUCUUGCGGACUUUGGCAUGGGUAUGAAUAUUGCACCUCCCGCAAUGAGCCGUGAGGAAUUUGAGGCUCGGAAAGCUAGUUUGAGGAGGAAGCAUGAAAAUGAGAGACGAGUUGAAAGCAGGGAGCGGGAGCCACCGAAAGAUCGGGAGUUCGGAAGGGAAGUGAGCAGAGGCGGUGAUGUCUCUUCAAUGAAACAAAAAUCUAAGUUUGCACCUCAAACUUCAACUGGUGAACCAAACCAGACUCGUCGCCGACCUGAGAGCUCACCCGACACUGCAAGGAAUGCUGGACCACCUUGCCCGCCCCCACGCAAAAGAAAGGCAGAGCACCUUGAUCAUGGUAUUGAAAAGGAUAACAAUAAUGAUCGUUAUGACCAUGGCCACCAUCGCCAUCGUCAACAUUCCGAGUCCCAAGCAGCCUCUGAAGUCUCGGCUAAAUCUGCCACCAGUGCAGCUGCUGACCGCAAGCAGAAGACGAGCGUGUUUUCUCGCAUUAGCUUCCUGGAGGAAGAGACAAUGAAGAAACGGAAAUUGCACCCUUCAAAGGAAGCACCACCGAGCGACUCUGGUGCUUCAGCAGCCCAUCACAAGGUAUCAUCCAGUGGACACUACGAUGACUACAAGGCAAAGACAGUCACAACGGCGACUGCUCGUGGUAGGAGUAGAGCCGCUUCUGUUGAUUGUGAGUCGAGCGACGAUGAUAGGCAUUUCAAGAGAAAGCCAUCCAGGUACGAGCCAUCACCUCCUCCACCAUCAGACUGGGAUCAGGGGGAGUCAAGACAUCCCAGAGGCUCAACUAGAGAGCGGGAGCGGGACCGGGAGCGCAAGAGUAGUAGCUACAGCAAACAUAGGUAGGUAGUAUCUCGAGGGGAUCACGAAGAACCAAGGCACCCCGAGAACGUAGCAGCCUCUGCAAAUGUAGGGUAGUUCCAUGGAGAUGUGCCUUGCCACAGGUUUAAACAGAACCUAUAUCGCUCGGCUCCCGUCAUCUUCCUAGCGGUAAAACAUCAAGAAACGCUGUCGAAAGCUCCAAAUCGAUUUGUGUAUUGGGUUUAAGUGAAAGUACAGGCAUAUGUGUUGAAUGAGAGCGGAUAAGACUGUCAUACAAGCUUGUACAUUGUGUUCAAGCUUCUUCUGUAUUUGCUUGUCAUAAAUCUAAUAAUAUACGAAUGAAAAUCACCAUUCUCAGAUCCUUUUUAUUCA